AUGGCGGAAAUCACAAUCAACGAUGCAGACCUACAAGCUGUCAAAGGCAAGGUCGUCCUAAUGACCGGCGGCUCUUCAGGCAUUGGCCUCGCAACAACAACCUUGCUUCUCAGUCUUGGAGCUAAAGUCAUCAAUGGUGAUAUGAAUCCUCCACCCUCGCAACUCGACUCCGAGUCGGCAGACUCGUACAAAUAUGUCCGCACAAACGUGACAAUCUGGCCCGAGUUGGUGACCCUCUUCAAAGCAGCCUUGGACCUGCAUGGCCACAUCGAUCACGUCUUUGCCAACGCAGGAAUGCGACCCGUGGCCAAUUACCUCGCUCUCGACGAGGACACCAACGGUGACCCGACUGAGCCAAAUCAUAUGACCUUAGACGUAAAUCUCAAAGCCGUCGUCAACACGGCUUGUCUGGGAUUACACUACAUGCAAAAGCACCCCGCUCCCAAAGACAGUGUCCAAAGUAUAACACUCACCGGAUCCACAUCAUCAAUCUACCGCUUCCGCGCUGCUGAUUAUGGUCUAAGCAAACACGGUGUCUUGGGCUUGUUGCGUGGUCUCGCUCCCGUCACGUAUCCUGACCUGCCUAUACGUGUCAACGUCUUGUGUCCUUCCUGGACAGUCACUGGUCUAACCGACGAAUCGAAUUACAGGGGUGUGAAGGUGAACUUGCAAAGCGCUGAGCCGGUAGCAAGAGCUGCUGUACUGUUGAUGGCGGACGAAAGCAGACACGGACAGAUGGUGUUGAGUGCAGCUAACAAGUACAGAGAGAUUGAAGAGGCGGUUUUGCUAAAGGCCAUGACUCCUGAGAUCAGAGGCCAAGAAUUGACAGAGGACGAGAUUUGUGCUGCUGUGGCUGCGAACAUAUUUGGACAGGCGCAGUAA